AUGCGUACGUGGCUGCUUCUAGUCUGGAGAACUCUGGGUAUUCUCCAGCGUCACAUUAUCGAGUUGAUAGACGAGUUCGCAUGGACGACAACAGAUGUGGCAGUGGAGGCAGCACGUGAGGGAAAUGUCGGACGAGUUAGGAGUCUCCUCGACGACCUGGAAUAUGAUAUUGUGAGUGUGGUCACCGCUGCUGUUGAAGCCGAACAGAGCCGAGUGUUAGACACGAUAAGAUCCGAUACGCGUGUGUGGUGUAUAGAAAUUGCAAUUGGGGAAAGUAACCAACUUCGAAUUGUCAAGCUUCUUUACAGUUGGUUGGACACACAAGGUGCAACGCGUCGAGUUCUACCCGGGAUACUACGAAAUGCGGCAUCAAAUGGACUUCUCGACAUCUUGGAAUUUGCAAUCGAGAACUAUGUGAGGGAACAUUGGCGUGACGGAGUGCUGACUCAAUCCUUAUCAAGUGGAGCCAGACACCCUGGCCGAAAUGAACUGUCAGAGUAUUUGCAGUGCUCUCCAUCAUUUCAGCGGUUGUUCAAUAACGCAUUCUACGAAGCACUGGAAAAUGGACACGAACAUAUUGCUGGCAUGAUUUACGCUGCUUAUGCUGCUUACCCGGCUCGAAUAAGGGAUAACUUGCUUACCUCACUGGUACAACUAGGUCGGACAAACAUGGUUCACUUCAUCUAUAAUAAGGGGCGUGUUACAACUGCAGCGAGCAACCGUGUUUUCAUGAUCGCAGCAGCCUGUCGUCACAUCAAUAUCUUAAUGUUAUUACUCGCGCGUGCAGAUAUUUCGUUGUGGACAUUGAGGCGGGGGUUUAAAAGCGCUCUUCGUGCUCGAUCAUUCGAGAUUGGAAAAUUACUUUAUAACACGGGGCAUAUAUCUCUCGAGUUGCUAGAGGAAGAAUUCGCGAUGACUGAGUCUGUCGAUAUCAUGCGGGUUUUGCUCGAAACGGAGCAGAUAUCGGCAGACGUUGUACGCCAUACAUUCGAACACGCAGUGAAAGUUUGCAGUAACGAGCACCAACGUUGUCGUGUUUAUGCUAAAAUUGUCGAGUUCCUCUGCAGAGAAGAAUAUGUCUCACACUCAGCGGCUGUGUGGGUUUUCAUGAAAGGCGUUGACUCCAAUAACAUCCUUCUUGUGAAAGCUGUGUGCAAGAGUUACACUAUGCCUCCGACGUUGGGUGCCAAUAUGCUCGCGACCGCAAUACAAAACGAUCACAUGGGCGUUGCCAACUUCCUGUGGGGGCAAGAGUGGAUUCCUUACGAGCUCUUCGUGACAGAAUUUAUUGAUGCUGCCAAGUACGGGUAUUUAAAGAUUGUGGAGUGGUUCAUGAGCUACAAUCGCGCGUCUCGUCAGGCAAUUACCACAGCGUUUCUUGCUGCCACCGAAGCUGGUCAUAUUCAAGUGGCAAGACUUUUAUCAGAUAAGCAACAAGCAUCCACAGAAGAAAUUAGUGAUCUGAUUAAGAACGCCUCCGCUAGGCACCACAAUCACGUAGCUGUUUUCCUCUUCGAGCAACAAUAAGGCGUUGAGGCAAGAAGCGUCACAGCGUAACGUUGCUAACGAAUCAAGCUGCUAAAUUGAAACGUGAAAUCCACCCCUGCAUCAAGAUAACAACAAGACAUAAAAAAAAAUAUUAGUCAAUGAAGCCGAGAUCGAGUGCCAGUCAGUUCGUACCAAAGUGAACAACACGAAAGCAGAGAGUGAUGAUCAUCCAACCCAUGACUUUCCC